UUCCAACAAUUCUUAUAUAAGACUUACCAUCUUCCUUUGGCACACCACACCACACUAAUAAUGGCUUUUCCCACUCUUGAUUUCUUUUCCACUAAGCCUAUCCUUUCUAUGUAUUUCUUCACUUUCUUGGUUCUAGGAUCUCCCUUCAUUUCAUCCGCCUCCAAGCUACCGGGCAAUGAAACAGACAAAGUUUCACUCCUUGAAUUCAAGAAAAUGAUCAAAGAUGAUCCAUUUGGUGUUAUGGCCUCGUGGAAUGAAACCAUCCAUUUCUGUGAAUGGCGUGGUGUUUUUGUGUGGCCGCCGCCACAUGAGAGUCAUGGUCGUAAAUCUCACUUCCCUGAAAUUGGUGGGAUUAGUGCCUUCACACAUUGGGAACAUGAGCUUUCUCAAGGAUUUGGACCUCCAAAACAAUAGUUUUUCAGGCCCUAUUCCACCAGAGCUUGGUAGUUGCAUUUACUUGGAAAUCUUGAAUCUAACAAAUAACAAUUUUGAAGGCCCAAUUCCAUCAACUUUGGCAAAUCUGAGGGGUAUGCAAUUCUUAGAACUUUCUCACAACCAUUUGAUUGGUCAAAUCCCAUCUUUCUUGAAAGACUUCAAACUUUUAAUGAAUUUGAAUGUUUCAUACAAUGAGUUUGAAGGAGCAGUACCUACCACAGGAAUCUUCAACAACACAAGAUCUGUUUCAAUUGCAGCAAAUAAAAAGCUCUGUAGGGGUAUACCUGAGCUGAAACUCCCUGAAUGCAAUAGUACAAAGCCCAAAAAGAGAAAUUCAAAAGCUCAUUUGAAAGUAGUAAUUCCUUUGACUCUUGGGAUUGGGCUAAUUCUUGUCGUGUUUCUUCUAUGCCUUAGAUGGUUAAGAAGACAAAGAAAGGAAUCAUUUCUGAUUUGCAAGAAAACUUCACCUUAAGGGCGCCUUAUCAAACUAUCUUCAAGUCCACUAAUGGGUUCUCUGCUGAAAAUUUACUAGGAGUUGGCGGUUUCGGAGCUGUAUAUAAAGGAUGUUUUGAUC